UCUGGGGUUUAAUUGCCUGAUUAGUGUAAGCCCCACCAAAAGAUAUCAUUGAGUGUGUAGGUCAGGCAUGCACUCAUAUAGUUUUCUUUCAAGGAAUCUGCAUGCAAUAAUGCAUUAUUAAUUAAUUGUCAUUCCGUGAUAUUUCAAUAAUUUUGAGACUUCGAUCAUCAGUUUAAAUAGAACCCACUACUACCAAAUUAUAUCAUCAUCACUUGCCAUUGCUAGCUAGUAGUAGGACUGGUACGAUGGCCAGUUAUCCAUACUACUCCCCACCACCACCGCCUUCACCACCGUGUAAUAACACAACUUCUCCGAUACUCCUCCCUCCACCUCCACCUCCACCUCCAUCACCACCACCACCACCACCGCCAGCAUGUAACCACACAGCUACUCCAACACUUUCACCCCCACAAUCACCACCGCCGCCAGCACAAUCACCCUACUCUCACCCACCACCUUCUCUCUCACCCCCACCACCAACAUCCCCACAAAAGCCGCCACAAUGGGGGCCACCGCCUUCAUCUAACUACUCCCAACCAAAAUCACCACAACCACCUUCCUCGCCAUCACCACCACCACCUUCGUCGUAUGCAUACUACUCGCCUCCACCGCCUUCAUCACCGUGUAAUACUACUACUCCAACACUCCAACCUCCACCUCCACCUCCACCACCACCAUGUGGCUGUAACAAAACUACUCCAACUUUGCCAUCACCACCUCCACCACCACCUUCAUCUCACUACUCCCCACCAGUAGUUUCAUUGUCGCCACCACCUUCAUCUCGCUCCCCACCACCCCCAUCCCCAUCACAUCCGUCACCACCACCACCACAAUUUUAUCAUUCCCCACCGCCCCCACCACCACAUCGGUCACCCCCAUCACCGCCGCCGCCUUCAUCUUUCCCUCCACCAUUGCCUUCACCACCGCCCCCACCAUCACAUCCGCCACCCCAAUCACCACCACCACCACCACUUCCACCGCCUUCAUCACCACCAUCACCACCACCUAAACCUUCAACACCGUCACCGUCACCACUAUCCCCAGACUCACCACCCUGUCAUUGCGUAUGCCCUUCUCCUUGGGCAUCCCCUCCCAAUUAUUGGGCAACCCCUCCCAAUUAUAUUUCAAUUGCACCAGGACCAAAUUUUUUGUCACCUAGCAUUAAUGGUCCCCGUACACCAGUUCUUGCCACCUUUGUCUCCCUAGGUGGUCUAUUUUUUCUUUCUUUUAUUGUAAUUGGUCUCCUUUCCAUGGCCGACAAGAAGGGCAUGCUUCCAUUUCAAUUUUCAAGGCUGCUGCGACGCUACAGUAUUCCUUCCGGAGGACGGCCUGAGAUGGGUCCACCUGACUUGGAGCAACCUGAACCCAGUAACACAAGUGGGACCGACAAGAUGAGUUCGGAUCCAAACUUGCGCAAGCCUCCCCGUGAAAAAAGUGUGAUGGAACUCAUGGAUGCUCCUCCAGACGACAGUGUGACUGAUACUGCAGAUACAUCUCAAGAUGUGGAGAAAGCAGAAUCCAACGAAGUUGGAGAAGAAUCAAAUGACUCCGAAAAGAAACGGCGCCUACCCAAGAUUAAAAAACCUUCAAGGAGUGGUGCAAAGAAGAGAAAAGACAAGCAUUCUGGAAUCAGUCGAGUUCUGAAUACUGGAUGUCGUCAAGUUCUGAAUACUGGAUGUUGUUCUGAUUUACAGGAGGCAGAACAAUCUCAAGAUGGUGACAACGAUGAAGAUGAAAAUCCAGAACAAUGUAAUGCAGCGGAACAAGAGACAAAGAACACAAAAUCUGCUCAAGAUGAGGGGGAAGGAUCUAAUCCAGAAGAAUCAAAUGAGCGCAGCGGCAAGCCUCGCAGUAACCCAAGUGAGACUAACAAUACAGAUGCUACUCAAGAUGAUGCAGCUAAAGAGGAUUCAAAUGAUUCCAAAAGAAAAUUGCGGCCCCCUAAUAAGGGCAAAGCGUCGAGUAGUGUGAUGGAACUCAUGGAUACUCCUGCAGACCAGAGUGUGACUGAUACUGCAGAUACAUCUCAAGAUGUGGCGAAAGCAGAAUCCAACGAAGUCGGAGAAGAACCAAACGAAUCCGAAAAGAAACCGCGCCUAUCCAAGAUUAAAAAACCUUCAAGGAGUGGUGCAAAGGAGAGAAAAGACAAGCAUUCUGGAAUCAGUCAAGUUCUGAAUACUGGAUGUCGUCAAGUUCUGAAUACUGGAUGUUGGUCUGAUUUACACGAGGCAGAACAACCUGAAGAUGGUGAAAACGAUGAAGAUGAAAAUCCAGAACAACAUAAUGCAGCGGAACAAGAGACAAAGAACACAAAAUCUGCUCAAGAUGAGGGGGAAGGAUCUAAUCCAGAAGAAUCAAAUGAGCGCAGCGGCAAGCCUCGCAGUAACCCAAGUGAGACUAACAAUACAGAUGCUACUCAAGAUGAUACAGCUAAAGAGGAUUCAAAUGAUUCCAAAAGAAAAUUGCGGCCCCCUAAUAAGGGCAAAGCUUCUAGUAGUGUGAUGGAACUCAUGGAUACUCCUGCAGACCAGAGUGUGACUGAUACUGCAGAUACAUCUCAAGAUGUGGCGAAAGCAGAAUCCAACGAAGUCGGAGAAGAACCAAAUGACUCUGAAAAGAAACCGCGCCUACCCAAGAUUAAAAAACCUUCAAGGAGUGGUGCAAAGGAGAGACAAGACAAGCAUUCUGGAAUCCGUCAAGUUUUGAAUACUGGAUGUCGUCAAGUUCUGAAUACUGGAUGUUGUUCUGAUUUACACGAGGCAGAACAACCUGAAGAUGGUGAAAACGAUGAAGAUGAAAAUCCAGAACAACAUAAUGCAGCGGAACAAGAGACAAAGAACACAAAAUCUGCUCAAGAUGAGGGGGAAGGAUCUAAUCCAGAAGAAUCAAAUGAGCGCAGCGGCAAGCCUCGCAGUAACCCAAGUGAGACUAACAAUACAGAUGCUACUCAAGAUGAUGCAGCUAAAGAGGAUUCAAAUGAUUCCAAAAGAAAAUUGCGGCCCCCUAAUAAGGGCAAAGCGUCGAGUAGUCGUGGUAAUCUACAAGGAAAAAGACAGCCCUCCAGAUUUGGUCAAUUAUUGAAUGCCGCGGGUAAUAUUUGUCAUGGGGCAGUACAAUCUCAAAAAGAUGACAACGACGAAUUGAAUGAUGGCAGAGAAUUGAAUGACGGUAGUUCAAAUAAUGUAGAUGAACGAGUGGAACCUGAUGCACAUGAAAAAGAAUCAGAUGAGCGUCCUCGUAAGCCUCUCAUUGACACCAGUGUGUUUGACAACACAGAAGCUGCUCAGUAUGAGAAAGAACCAGAUGAAGGUGAGGGAAAAUCAUAUGAAUCAGAAAAAAAACCGUUGCACACAAAAAAUCCUUCUGCUCGUGGUCGUCCGAUGGGAAAACAGAACCCUUCCGAAUUCGUUCAAGCUUGGAAUUUCGCAAGUAAUGUUGAUGAAGAUGGAGCUGUAAAAUCUCAAGAGGAUGACAAUGGCAAAGCAUUAGUACAAGAAUCAGAAGCUCAAGAAGAUGGCGGAGAAUUGAAUUUGGGUGAUCCAAAUAAUGCAAAUGAAGAUGUCAAGUUUCCAUCUAAUGUACAUGAUGAAACACCAGAUGAGCGCCACCGCAGGCCCCUCUAUAACCAAAGUGAGAGUGACGACACAGAUGUUACUCAAGAUGUGGAGCAACCUGAUGCAGUUAAAAGAAUAUUGGUCGAUUCAAAAUCCUUCCAGAAGAAAAAUCAUUCUAGUCGUCGUACUGGAAAACAAAAGGCUUCCAUAGUUGAUCAAGUUUCGAAUGCCGCAAGUAAUGUUGAUCUAGAUGGGGCAGGGCAAUCUAAAAACGAUGAUACAGAUGUAGUGGUGAAUGAAUCAGGACCCCAAAAUGAUUACGCAGAAUUGGAAUUAGGUGGUUCAAUAAAAGACCCGCGUGGGGGAGAAGUUCCUACUCGAGCAAGAAGUAGAGGGCCUUCGAAUCUUAUUAGCUGCUCAAGUCCCGCUAGUGGUAAUGAUUCAAGUAGGGCAAUGGAUUCUUUGGACGAUGCAGAAGGCGAAGUUGAAGUAUCCGACCUAUUUGAUAGUGCUCGAGGAAGUAAACACGCUCUGAGUAAAGCUAUGAUUUUCCAACAGGCUCUUGGUGAUGACAAAGCAAAAGUACAUCAAUUGAAAUCAGGCGGUUCAAAUAAAGAUUCGCCAAGGCGCCAACAUCGUACUCAGGUACGAGAGGACAAAAAGCCUUUCGAUCUUGAACAAAUUGUGACUGCUGCAAGCGGUAGUGAUCCAGGCAAGGCACUGGUUUCUUUUGGCAAUGAAGAUGACAAUGUACAAGUGCCAGAACCAUUUGCCUCAAAUGUAGAUUCAUACAUGCGCCAAUUGCAUACCGGUGCUCGAGGAAUUGAACAGUCUCCCAAUCUUUCCCAAAAUUUUACCGGCACAAUUGAGGAUGAUCCAGUUGAGGAAUUGAAAUCUCUUGGAGAUGAUGAUUACAGAGGCAAACAAGCUGAAGUAUAUGAGUUAAGCAAAGACUCCCGCAGGAUCAAAGGUCAUAUUAUGGAUGCUCGAAGAAGAAUAGAGUCUCCUAAUCCCGACCAAACUGUGACAACCAGAAUUGGUUAUGAUCUAGGCAAAGGAUUGGAGUCUCUUGGAGGUAACCAGGAAGGAGAAUCAGUCAAAUAUGGCCUAACUCAAAAAUUGGAAGUAGGUGGUACAAAAAAUGACCCGCGUGGACGACAAGCUCCUCGAGCAAGAAGUAGACAAGGUACUUUGAAUCCUAACCAACUUAUGAGUACUGGUAGUGGUAAUGAUUCGAGUAGCGCAAUGGUUUUUUUGGACGAUGAAGAAGGCAAAGCUGAAGAAUUAGAACCAUUUGCUAGUGCUCGAGGAGGUAUACAGGCUUUGAGUGAAGCCGAGGUUCCGGAUUUUAUCCAAACUUUGACCACCACAAAUGUUGAUUAUUCAAGUGAGGAAUUAAAGUCGGUUGGUGGUGACGAUUACAAAGAUGACAAAGCAAAAGUACAUGAAUUGAAAUUUGGUGGUUCAAAAAAAGAUUUGCGAGAGCGCCAACAUCGUACUCCGGUACGAGAGGAAGUCAAGCUUUUUAAUCUUCAAAAAAUUGGGACUGCCGUAACCGGUAGUGAUCCGGGCAAGGCACUGGUUUCUUUUGACGAUGAAGAUGACAAAGUACAAGAGUCAGAACCAAUUGCCUCAAAUGUAGAUCCAUACUUCCUACAACCGCUUUCUAGUGCUCAAGGAACCGAACAGUCUCCCAAUCUUGUCCAAAAUUUAACCGCCACAAUUAAUGAUGAUCCAAAUGUGGAAUUGAAGCCUCUUGGAGAUCGCGAUUACAAAGGAAAAAAUGCAGAAGUAUAUGAGUUAAGCAAAGACUCGCGCACGACCAGAGGUCAUAUUAUGGGUCCACGAACAAGAAUAGAGCCUCCUAAUCUCGAUCAACUUGUGACAGCCAGAAUGGGUGAUGAUCUAGGCAAGGGAUUGGAGUCUCUUGGAGGUAACCAGUUUGGAAAAUCAUACAAAGAUGGCUCAAAUAAAGAUGUGCCAGGCUCUGGUCAGACUAGUAGAGGAACACAACAGCUUCCCAAUCCUGUCCAAAUUUUGACAGCCACAAACGAAGAUGAUCCAAAUCCAGAACUUGAAUUUUGUGAAGAUGACAAAGAUUUGGGCAUCCAAGAAACUUCUCCAGGUGAAAUAGAGCCUUCAAUAGAUGAUCAAAGUGUGUUUGCGACUGUUGAUGAUGAUCCAGACGUGCUACAAUUUCAUAACAAUGAGCAUGACGAAGAACUAGCAGAAUCAAAUAAAGAUGCUCGCCCUGGAAAGCCUCUUUCUCGUCCUCGUACCAUUAGUCUCAGAGGGAAAAGACGAGCCUGAUUCAAGUCUAUGCUAAAUGCUAUUGUGGUUACUCAAUCUUUCAUCAAGCUCAGAAGCGAUGCAUCAUGCAUUAUGUGUGAUUUAGGUUCGUCAUCAACCUUGGUUUACUUCAAUUUUAACUCCUUUGAUAUAUCAAUACUGUUUUGUUUUUGUUUUUGUGUUUUGUUUUUGUUUUUAUCAAUAAUGUUGUUCUUACUGGUAGAUGCUUUGUUUGCAACCAUGUACUUAUUAGUUUGUCUAGCCUCUUGCCUAAUCUCCUAGUUCUCUGCGUUGCGUUUC